AUGCCUGCCUUUGCUUGCUUUUCUAAAUACAUUCCCGCUUUGUAUAGUACGGUAACCCUGUCAGUCACUAUUUACAACAUCAAGUGUCCACACUCCACAGCCACUACUAUGUCAUCUCCUUACAUAGUUUCCAUCUUCACCAUUCUUGCAGUUGCUGUCGCACUCUUUGCAAUAUUCACGCCUCUGAUCACUUCCUGGUGGUUCUCGAAUCCGUCCAACUCUUCCUACAUUGUGGACCUUGGCUAUCAACUGAACCAGGGCUGCGUGGUUAACGACACCCUCGUUACCUUCGGAAACAUCCGCUUCGCCGCCGCACCCCUCGGGCCUUUGCGCUUCAAUGCUCCAGCUCCCCCGCCGGUAAACCGCACUGCAGUUCAAAACGCAAGCGGCGUCAUCUGCCCCCAAGCUUAUCCCAAGUGGCUCACUACAGGCGCUGUCUCGCCAUUCACCGCCGACGACAUUCCACCCGUCGAUCCGCGCACGUCGGAAGAUUGCCUGUUCCUCGAUGUGUUAGUGCCCCAAGGAAUCUGGGAAACACGUCAGACGAGUCGUGCGCCCGUCCUCGUGUGGAUUCCUGGCGGCGUCUUUGUCGUCGGCUGGAAAGACGCCAGCGGGCAAGGCCAUGGCCUGGUGACGCGGAGCCAGCAAUCCGGCAGCCAGGGAGUGAUUCUCGUGUCGAUAAACUACCGUCUCGGUCUUUUUCGCUUUGCCCUCGAAUGGGUCCAGAAACACAUCCAUCUCUUCGGUGGCGAUCCUGCCAAGGUGACCAUCCCCGGUGAGUCAGCCGGUGCCACCUCUGUUGAAGCCCAUAUCACCGCGUACGGGGGUGCCAAAGGACCUUCUCCGUUUCAAGGCGCCAUUGCGCAAAGCCCUUUCCGGCUGCCGACCUAUCCAUCUCCAAACUCUCACGUCGAAGCGAUCCUCAGCUUUGGAAACGUCUCUUCGCUCGCCGCACUCCGCAACAUGUCGUCGGCCGAUCUGCAGAAGCUGAAUGCGCUUCUCGUGGGGAAUUCGCGACCCUUUGGAACUUUUACCUUUGGUAAUUUUACUUUCUUCGUCAGAAUUUCUAGCCACUCGCUGAUCGACUUAUUUCCAGGCAUUGUUCCUGACGGCAACUACGUUCCCGACCUACCGGGUAAGCUAUUUCAACAGCAGCGCUUUAAUCGGAACAUUUCCGUACUCACGGGCCACAAUCGGGAUGAGGGCUCUCGCUUCGUGCCCAACAGUUUAGUCACAGAUGAAGCAUCCUAUGAAGCCUACCUGAAAUCCCUCAUCACGCCUCUGGCUCAGAAUCCCGCUGCCUUGAAGACCAUCACCCAGGAACUGUACCCGCCGGUCUUCGACGGCUCCCAGGGCUACACCAACCAGACGGAGCGGAACAACCUGACCUUUGCGGACGCCACCGUUGUGUGCAACGCGCGCUUCAUGGACCAGGCGAGCUUCGUGACGCCGACGUACGCAUAUGAAUUCUCCGUCCCGCCCGCCGUCCACGGCGCCGACUUGUCGUAUACCUUCUACGACUUCGGACAGGUCGAAGGGGUCAACACGGUUAACACGACCGUGGCAGAGCUGCUGCAGCGUUACAUUACGCGAUUCGCGGAGACGGGCCAACCAAACGGGCCUGGAUUACCUUUCUUUCCGCCGGCAGAGGCAAAGACGGGUCCGGGUUUGACGUUGACGGUCCAGAACCUAGGAAGCAAUUUUGGUAUUAAGAAUAGUAAUAUUGUCACAACUGACUGCUCUGCACUGAACAGUUUCUGCGCCGCCUUGCCGAGAGGGUUGUCGUCUCUGAAGCGGGUGCCUUCGUGCUGGUUGUUGACAAACUUGCCUGUCAGGAAGCCUGCGGCGAGGGGUUCUUUCCACAAGGGUUCCCUUGUAGGGCUCACAGGGGGGUUCUUCCUAUGGUUCAGGGAUGUCUUAUAG